AACAAUAUAAAAGAUUCAUUGAUGAAUAUUUGCAAUUAAAUCAUGCGAAAGUUUUUGAUUUGAAAUCAUACAAUUUUGAUGCUGGUGAUGUUUAUUUUAUGGCACAUCAUCCAGUCAUAAGAGAAGAUAAGAAGUCUACUCGGCUUAGAGUCGUUUUUGAUGGAAGCAUGAAGUCUAAGGACAAAAAAUGUUUGAAUGAUUUCUUGUAUAAUGGUGCGGUUGUACAAAAUGAACUUUUUGAUAUUUUGAUACUUUUUCGAACCUAUAAAUUCGUCAUUUUGAGUGACAUAAAACAAAUGUAUAGAAUGAUACUUCUACAUCCUGACCAUCGAAAAUUACAAAAUAUAUUAUGGAGGGAUGCUAGUGGUAAUAUUGUGUGUUUACAAUUACAAACUGUCACUUACGGAAUUAAAAGCUCCUCAUUUUUAGCCACACGAUGUCUUAGUGAGCUUGCCCUCACCGAAGGAAAAAAUUUUCCUUUGGCUGUAAGAGCUUUGUUGCAAAACACUUAUGUUGAUGACAUUUUGUCCGGUACUGACACACUAGAUGAACUGAUUGAUUUGAAAAAUCAGUUGAUCACUUUAUUGAAGAAACGCUCGUUUGAACUACAUAAGUGGUGUUCGAAUUCUAAAUACGCCCUGCUAGAUGUUCCUUUGGAAAAACAACAUUUUGAUGAAGUUGAUGUCAAUAAUAAUAAUUUCGUAGUGAAAACUUUGGGUUUAUCUUAUGAUACAAAUAUAGAUAUGUUCAAAUUUAGUUGUCCUGAAAUAAAUCAGGAAUGUUUUGAGUUUCAUAUCAAGAAUUUUUGACCCUUUAGGUCUAGUUGGUCCGAUUAUAGUCACUGCUAAAAUCAUCAUGCAAAGAGUUUGGCUGUGUAAGGUCCAUUGGGAUGAAGUUUUGCCCGGUGAGCUGAUGCAAGCAUGGACAAUUUUUUUGUAUAAAUUGAAGAGUAUGCCAGUUCUGAAUAUUCCAAGGAAUUUAAAUUUUGCUGGAGCUUGUUUAAUUGAGUUGGUUGGCUUUUGCGACUCCUCACUUGCAGCGUACGGUGCUGUCAUUUAUUCUAGGACUAUUUUUUCAGACAAAGUUUGUAUGAAUUUGAUUUGUUCAAAAUCUCGCGUAGUGCCAAUAAACAAGACUCUAUCAAUUCCUCGUCUUGAAUUGUGUGGUAGUUUAUUGUUGGCAGCCCUUGCAAAGAAGGUUUUUGAAGCUAUGAAGCCAAGAAUUAAUAAUGUAGCUCUUUACACAGACUCAAAUAUUGUGCUAGCUUGGAUAAAGUCCAAUCCUUUGAAAUUAAAUCCAUACGUUGCAAAUAGGGUAGCAAAAAUUCAAAAUUUGACAUCCGAAUUUAAAUGGUUAUAUAUCAAUACAAAAAAAAUCCUGCAGACCUUUUAUCUAGAGGACUUGAACCUCAAUCAAUUGAAAACAUUAAACUUUGGUUCCAUGAUCCGAGUAAGUUUCUAGAUGGAAAGUAUUUUCAUAGGGAAAACGCAUUUGAUAUUCCCCAUCCUCUUCUUGAAGAAAGGGUUACAGUAAAUGUCAAACAGAUAGCAAACUAUUUUACUGUUUUUGAAAAGUUUUCAAAUUUAUUGAAGUUACAAAGAGUAAUGGCUUAUACUCAAAGAUUUAUUUUCAAUUCCAAGAAGAAGAAUAAAAAUGUGAAAUUAUCUGGAACUUUAAAAGCUGUCGAGCUACACAAUGCUUUGAAAUUAAUUAUCAAAAUCGAGCAACACUCAAAAUUUCAUGAUGAAAUUAAAUUACUUAAAAAUAACUUGAAAACUAAAUCAUUAAGUGCUUUGGUACCUUUCAUCGAUGGCGACGGAAUGUUGCGCGUAGGGGGAAGGCUGCAUAACGCAAAUAUGUCUUACAGUCAAAAGCAUCCGUUAAUUUUGCCAAAAAGUAGUCACAUUACGAAUCUCAUUAUAAGUUAUGAACAUAAGAGACUAUUGCAUGCCGGUCCUAAGCUUGUUUUGAGUUCGUUAAAUUCUGAAUAUUGGUUAAUUAAUGGCAUCAGAGAAAUAAAAAAGAUUAUCCAUAAAUGUAUUAUAUGUUUUAAACACAAAGCAAAGUGUUCUGAACAAUUAAUGGGUUCUCUACCUGAGAAAAGAGUAUGUGCUGCUCGAGCCUUUGAAAAUGCAGGAAUAGACUUUUGUGGCCCUUUCACAAUAAAGCAAUCUCGAUUGAGACGUUCCAUAAAAACAAAAGCAUAUAUAGCAUUAUAUAUUUGUUUCGUCGUUAAAGCAGUUCAUCUAGAACUUUUAUCAGAUUUGAAAACUGAAACAUUUUUGUCAUCUUUCAAAAGAUUCAUUGCCAGAAGAGGCAAACCUUCUAAUGUGUAUUGUGACAAUGGUGCUACAUUUAAAGGAGCUAACAAUGAAUUAGCAAGAUUUUAUCAAAACAGUACAGAAAUUGAAGAAUACUCCUCUGGAGAGCGCAUUCAGUUUCACUUUAUACCUAGUUAUUCUCCAGUUUUUGGUGGAUUAUGGGAGGCUGGUGUAAAAAGUACAAAAUUCCAUUUGAAAAGAGCCGUAGGCAAUCAUGAAUUGACAUAUGAGGAAUUUAACACUUUGAUAAUACAAAUUGAGGGCAUUCUCAAUUCAAGACCACUUAUAUCGUUAGGUAAUGAUCCUUCAAGUUUUGAUUAUUUGACCCCUGGUCAUUUUUUAAUUGGUACUUCUAUUACUUCUUAUCCUGAACCGAAUAUAUGUCAAAUUCCUUCAAAUAGAUUGAAAUUCUGGAAAUUGUGCGUGCAAAUGCAACAGACUUUCUGGUCAAAGUGGCACAACGACUAUCUAACCUUACUUCAAAGUAGGCCAAAGUGGCAUAAAAACUUACCAAACCCUAAAGAGGGUAUGUUAGUUCUUAUACGAGACGAAAACGCUCCAUCUUUCAAUUGGCCUAUUGGUAGAAUAAUAAGAUUAAUUCCUGGAAAAGACGGAAAAGUAAGAGUUCUUGAAAUAAAAACAAAUAAGGGCACUUACCUUAGGUCUAUUACAAAAAUAGCUGUUUUGCCGAUUCAUGAAGAAUUGUAGAUUUUUUCCUUUGAUAGAUUUAUUGUUGUGGUUGAAAGAAAAACUUUUCACCAUGUUUCAUUGAUAAUAAGGAUAUGUAUUUGAUUUUCAUA